AUGACAGAAGGGCCUCCUCCCUGGGCAGCCAGCUCUUCUGGCCCCACGCCUUCCUCCACGCCUUCCAAAACAUCGACUCCAAAUCCGAGCGCGUCGCCAGUUCCAGCUGUUGUUCCAUACUCCAAUCCCUCGGGACCAACACCCUAUCCCUAUGCCUCCUGGGGUACCGCCUGGACGCCGAAUUAUUCAUCAUACUCUCAAGGGUGCCAAGGUGCUCCAACCGGGCUUUCCUUCCCACCCAAUCCAAGUUCUUCUCCAAAAGUCCAUCAACCACCCUCCCAAUCGCAGCCCUACAAUCCUUACACCCAUCUCGUUCAACCAGCUCACACAUCUACUCCUACGACGAACGCAACCUCAACACCGUCUGCAUCUAGAGCUCUGGAUCCCUCACCUAUACCACCGCUUCCUGAGCCAGAAACGUACAAGCAUUGGGACGAAGUUAUCGGCAAAUUCCUUCGACGAACGAGGAUGAACCAAGCUGUCAAAGGGCUGCGAGCUGAUAUACUGGUUUUGAAUCCCGAUUGGGAGCAGCAGACGGUGCCGGAUGCGUUGAGGGAACUGGCGAAUGGGCUCCAGACGAUACUGGACCGCAUGGAUUCAAAGCUGAGGAACGAUUCCAUGCAGGUGGAUGGCUCUGUCGACACGACUGCCAACAGUCUCCCUGAGGAGAGGUCACUAGAAGAUCGCAAACUCGACUAUAUUCACCUCGCAAACGGCAUGAAGCCGCGUUCACAAUCCUCAUGCUCCUGUUUCUCCCCUUCUGCCAAUCAUGUCCCGGAUUCACGUUUGAAAGAUAACAAAUCGAUCUCGCAGUUCCUUGCGCGAACCAGGUCUCGGAACGACGCGUCGAAUCGCGCAGAAUUUCUCCACACACUAGCAGAAAAGAAACGACAGGUACUCUCUGCGGCUGCCGAGGAUCUUGGCUCGGAGGAUGGAGCCCAAGCCAUGGAAAUAUCCUCUUGCGCUCGCGUCGACGCAAGACCGAUCGACAGGGAUAAGCAGAUCAAGUACGACAUCUAUAACAACGCUGAAGGUCCCUUGACGAGGAGGGUCAAAGUUGAUGCUCCUGCUAAUGAACAACCUUCGAACUUGCCGAUAUCUGCCCAACCAAAUCCCGCAGCGACCCCAGAAGGAGAAGGUCAACCUCGGAGGAAGCGCAAGCUCGGGGCCGCUGACGAACUCGCGGACAGUGCAUCUGUGACGGAAUUGCCUAGUCGAUCUGAAGGAAAGCGGUCAACGUCGGUGUUAGAGAAGGGAAAUGGCGAUGAGGUCGUUACCGCUGAGCGUCAUCCGGGCUUGGAUGAGCGGGUGCGGAACGUCGAGGCUCAUCUGGCGAUGCGCUAUGUACCCUCUCCGCCCCGAACCUUAUUAGCUCGACUCAAGUACAUCGAAGACCAUAUCGUCAAGCUAGAGAAGGAGUACCCUCCAUGGGCUGCGCUGCAUUUCAACCAGCCCAACCGCGGGUGGCCUCCACCCCCACGAGCGACACCCGUCAUCGUACCUCUACAUCUACGGUCUGUCACUCCCGCUUCAACCAUCACAGAUCCAUCGAGUACGAUUGCCAUACCGUCGACUUCCGCCCUUGGCCCGACGAAAGGCAAUAGCGGAGUGGUAGCGCCUGGUUCAGCGUCGGGUACUUCGGGAAAGCAACGCAACAAGGAUUCAAGCUUGCGCAAGGCGGUUUUAGACCGAUUGGAGGUCCAGCGGGCUAUGAGCGAGAUGAGCGGAAAGGGCGGGCAGGCGUCUUAG